CAACUAUCCAUUUGCCGCUUCCACUUUUUCUAAUGACUUCUCCAAAUCGACAAAGGCGAGGCCGUUACGCGACUAACGCAUGUACUAAUUGUAGAAAAAGGCAUGUAAAGUGUUCCCAAGGUUCCCAAGGAACUGCCUGCACAAACUGUGCAUCGCGCAAUCUUAUGUGUACUUAUACUAUACCAAACAAACGAGGACCAAAAGUUUCCAGUGGAUCAACUAAUGGUUUUGAAAAUAGCUUCGGUGAAGCCGAAAGUAUCGAACGUGGAUAUGAAUUUGACCUCAUUCCUAACUAUCGCGACUAUAUCGAAGAGACUCAGUCGGUCCAAGGAGGUCUUUUUCCUAAUCAAAUACAAUUUAAUACUAUUAUGCCAAAUAAUGGCAUGCCCAUUAAUAUUAGUGACGCAUAUUCUUUACCUAGCAAUUUUUCCUCUUCUUUUCCCUCUAUUGCUUCCAAUUUAGAUCAUCCUUUUAUGUAG